AGAUUAACGAUCCGGAUGCAGUGUUAUGGGUGGUUGCCUAUGCUAUUCCAGCAAAUCUGUGUUUAUUGAUUGCCAUUAAACCACAUGUAACAGAGACGCUACUUUGGAGGAGAAUUGCUAAACUUCAUGUACUUAUUUCGACUGCUGUUUUUUCCAUGAUGGGAUGGACUGUAUAAAGAGCGCAUCACAAAUAUCUUCCAGCAAGAGGAGGGAAGGGAAUUAUCUGGUCUCAUGUUGAUACUUGUCUGGCUUCUCCCGUGUCAACAAGUGAUGAGUGAGCAACAUAUCUGCGGGUUGGGACAUUUACAAGAGGAUAUGACCUAGCUACAGACGCAGUAAAUCUAUGCGGGAGUUGGACGUGCCGGACAUCACAGUGGUUGUCUUUUUACGACUCAAGAUCAUUCUCGUCUUUACCUCCACCGCCCCCUUCUGGUGAUAAAACCAAAAAGACAGGGCCAGUGACUUGGAAAUCAUUAGCAAUAACAUUUGCGUUUGGGGGUGUUCUCCUUGCCGGAAUGAAAUAUUUCAAAAAGGAAAAAGAAGAAUUGAUUGAAAGAGAACGGACAAAGUCAAUGGGGAAACCAGCACUUGGGGGUCCAUUCUCUCUUGUGGAUCAGAAUAAUAAACCCUGUAAAAGUGAGGAUUUCCUCAGCCAGUGGGUCCUUAUCUACUUUGGGUUUACACACUGCCCUGACAUCUGUCCUGAUGAAAUCGAGAAAAUGAUUGAGGUGGUGGAUGAAAUAGACAGGAUACAGUCUCUUCCAAACCUGACCCCCAUUCUCAUCACCAUUGAUCCUGACAGGGACACACCUGAGGCCAUGGGAACAUAUGUGAAAGAGUUCUCCCCUAAGCUCAUUGGCCUGACUGGGACAAUGGCCCAAAUUGACCAGGUCUCUCGAGCCUACAGAGUCUACUACAGCCAGGGACCAAAGGAUGAAGACAACGACUACAUUGUCGAUCACACAAUCAUCAUGUACCUGGUUGGUCCGGACGGAGAGUUCAAGGAGUAUUUUGGACAGAACAAGAGGAGCGCUGAGAUCUCCUCUUCCAUUGCAUCACACAUGAGGAAGUACAAGAAGGGGAAUUAAGAGGUGAGAUGAAGGUGAACUGGUCAAGUGCACUGUCUGUGUCUGGGAACACCUCUUGUGUGCCUCUCUCACAGCCUCCAGAGACUGUCAGCAGCCUCUGGCCCAGCAGCCUCUGGCCCUCUGGCCCAGCAGGACUGAACGCUGCCAUGUUAUGUCAAUGACAUGGAAUAUUUAUCUACAUUACAGCUUUUCAUUGAAUUCAGAUGUCUACGACUUACCAUUCCCUUGUUGUGGUUCACCAUUUAACAUGGUCUCUAAUAUCAUAUUUAAGUUUAAGAUGAUUUAAAGUGAUUGUUUGCAAAUGGGUGUUGACAACACUUAAGUGUUUAUUUUUUCUGCUUUGCCCAUUAUUUAAAUUGAUGUGAAAUGUGAGAGCCAAACAGAAAUACUUGAUUUUAAGUACCUCAACAAAUGUAACUACCAUAAAAUGGAGGGGGAAAGUAUUCCCUGGAAAUCAAUACUGAAGAACUAAAGGUUUCCAGUGUUUACCCUUGGACACUCCCAAUGGAAAAAUACAUGAAUAGUUGUCUUUGUGCUGUUACAGUUCGGCUUUACUUCCUUUACACUAAUUCUCCUUUUUAGCCUUGCUGUUAAGUCUGGCCCAAUACCUGGACUCGUCUGUGACACCAGAAACAUUUAUGCACUGUAAUAACUCUUUGGUUACUCGAUUUGUACUAUUCAUAAAUCAGUCAUAUUUCAACUGAAUUUCCAAAGUAAUGUUUAAUUUAUUAAACUUGAACUUA